CAUUUCACUCACUUAAGUUGCAGUUUAUCGUCGCUUUCAGUGACGUCGUGAAUAAUCAGUAUAAUUGCUGAAUACAUGCAGGACUUAAAUCUGCAACAGAAAGACUUUUCCGCCAUUGAGGCGAACAGUUCUACGAAAACAUCGCGAAUUUGAGGCGGAACUGUUUUUGAAGGAGCUCAUUCACCACAGGGAAGAAUUUCAGGGAUGGACGUCUGUGAUGAGCUGUCAUGACCACAUGAAACGUUUAUUCGUAUUUUUUAGUAUGUCAGCGCUAGUAGUUGGUGCUAAUAUACACGUAACUUACUGAUGGAAGAGACCGCAAAAAGAGGGACUGAGUUUAUAGAUUGGGGUAGACAAGUUUGUGGACAAACACCAGUAACAGCUAAUAACGAAACAUGGAAAGACACAUUAGUAAAAAACGCCCAUGACGGACUUCCUCAGCCUCCAGACUGUGACAGAUGCUCGUUGAUAUCAGGAGAGUGCUUCUAUUAUCACUAUGGUUGUGAUGGCAAGGAUGACAGAGGUUGGGGUUGUGGAUACAGGACUAUUCAGACCAUGGCUUCAUGGUUGUGUCUUAAUCAACCUCUCAGCGUGAGCCGCAGACACCCACCUAGUCUUUCUGAAAUGCAAGAGACUUUGGUGGAAAUAGGGGACAAACCUGAUUCAUUCCUGGGUUCCAGAGAGUGGAUUGGGACUUUUGAGGCGAGUCUCGUUCUUGACCAGCUCUAUGAUGUUCCCUGCCGCAUAUUGCAUGUGCGGUAUGGCAGGGAGCUUGAUCAAGCUGUAGAAGAUCUUCAUGACCACUUCCUUACCCAUGGUUCACCUGUUAUGAUGGGAGGAGACAGGGACAAUUCCUCUAAGGGGAUCUUAGGUGUGUGCACUGGUAAACGAGGGAGUUAUUUGCUUGUUAUGGACCCUCAUUACUUCGGCUGUCCCUUGGAUAAAAAGACAUUGCAAAGUCAAGGUUGGGUUUCAUGGAAAGCAGUUGGUUCUCUGGAUCAGUGCUCUUUCUACAAUCUGUGUCUACCUAUUACUGCUAAGAAGUGACAGUGUUGGGUUUUCCGCCAUUGUCUAUAGUGUAAUCUGUAUGUGAGGAUUUUACAAUAUGCAUUGUCUUAAUACAGAGAUAUGAACAAGGACUAUUGCAUAUGACAGAAUUUGUAAUGUUUCUGUUUCAGUCAUAUGAAUAAAAGAACAAAAUAAAAAUG